AUGCUACCCGUCUCUCAUCCUACAUACUCACACCAGACUUUUGAAGACUACCCGGCCAAGGACCAACACUACAACAACACGGCUCCUCGCCAACAGUCUUCCAACAACAACCUCAACGACAAUAGCAACGACGACAGCAUCACCGACAACAACAGCAACAACUUUUACUCUCCAGACACGCCCUCGCUGGUAUUCGACGAUACCAAUUCCUUCAAUCCAGACCAGGUUUCCAUCGGUUCCAUGACUGCCGACCCCUGGGGCGGAUACGCCCAGUACCGCCAACCCGAACAAAUAUCGCGUGUCCCUCACCAGCGCGAGUCGUCGCUCUCUUCUCUGGGUUCAACGGGUCCUGCCUCACCUUACUCUCAGAGCUCUUCGAACCCUCGCAUCGCACUCAACGAAGACGAGUUUUCCGACAUGCAAGCACACGACCCAUCGAGCCAGGCUGCCAGCUUCUACACUAUGCCUAAGCACCUGGCCAACGCCUACUCUGGUUACCAGACCCUUGACCAGCCCCUGCCUGAUAUGGCCUAUCCAGUCACCAUUAGCGGACAGGGAAAUGCCAAGUCACACAACACCCGGUCCUAUCCGGCCUCGGUGGCGAGCUCUGCUGCAGGUGAUUCGCCUGCUACGCCCUCAGUCAACGGGGGCGACAAUGACGCGGACAGGCUUAGAAAAGGUAUGCUGAUCAGCCGCCCGGUGACACCGAAUGAUAAUGACUCAUAUAACCUGUGGCUACAAGGUUACGGAAACGUCGCGAAGCUCGAUCGCACCAUGACCGACGUCUAUGGAGAUGAUCUCUACAGUCCAAAUUUUACCAUUACAUCGACCCCACCUUCGCAGAACCUCUCAGCCCUCUCGCCCCCAAACGGCGUCUUCAACCAGCGCCUCAGCGCCGCCAACAGCCAGCAUAUGAGUGUCGUACACUCGCCCGUCUCGUCAGGUCCCCACGAUAGGAAUUCACCAUUUCGCGCCGGCUCUCCCUUCGCCGCCAGCACUGCAGCCCACGGGUUCGUUAGCGGCCAUCACGGAUCCAUAAACACAGCCCAGCGUGCGCGCGAGCAAGCAGAGGUCCAGCAGGACACCCAGCUUUUCCGAUCACACAUGGUCCCCGCGGCCGAGCCGGAGACGCCCAAUACCAUCUCUCCUAAGGACGCUAUGCUCGAAUUCAACGAGACCGACGAUACUUCGGACUUCCCGCUGUUUCCCCAGAAUACGGCGGCUAUGGACAUGGAGCAGCUGGCCAAGACGAUGCCACCGCAGCUGUCCUCUCAGCAGUUCAUGCCCACCUUGGAUGGUACCGGCAGCGCCGACCAAUUCAGCUUUGUUCCGACUCAAAUGACCCAGUCCAUUCCCCAGCAAUACCCCUUCAUUUCACGACCGCCACCUAGCUCUAACCCGUCUCCUCCCCGCUUGAGUCCGUCAGGUCACAGCUCUCAGUCGAGUGGCGGCACCCCCGUCAACAUGGCACGUCCUGCAGGGACCUUUGCUGAUGGCGGCACUUACACUUGCACAUACCACGGCUGUACCAUGCGCUUCGAGACACCAAUGCAGCUACAGAAGCACAAGCGCGAGGGUCAUCGCCAGGCUCAUGGCCUGGCUAUUACCCGACCUACCCAGGAGAUGGGCCUGGCGCCCGACUAUCUCAACAGCCAGGCUGGUCCUCAUCGGUGCGACCGUGUCAACCCCAACACGGGAAAGCCCUGCCACACCGUCUUCUCUAGGCCCUACGAUCUCACCAGGCACGAAGACACCAUCCAUAACGCCCGCAAGCAAAAGGUCCGAUGCGACCUUUGCACCGAGGAGAAGACGUUCAGCCGCGCUGACGCUCUUACACGCCAUUACCGGGUCUGUCACCCCGACAUGGAGCUUCCUGGAAAGGUCCGCCGCCGUGGUGGGGUGUGA